CCAGCCCAUCGAGCUGGAGACUUGUGGCGCGCUGUGCCGAGAGUGCCGCCCACGCCAAGGCUAUAUUCUGGGCCAGGGCAACCCUCUUGGGCCAACUCUCACUCAGCCUGGGCCCCGCUGGUUGAAUCACAAUUGAAGCCCUGCGUCGCGCGCCAACAGCCCACCCUUGCUUGCUCUCCACAUCACCGCCAUCAACCGAUCGCCGCCCCAUCAACCUGAUCUCCCGCAACAUCUACAGCAGUCUGCGUGCUGCGCUGCGGAACCGUCACAACAUAAAAAAUGAAACUAGUCUCGUCUCUCGAUGCUAUCGCGGCCGAAGACGGGGGCGCGCAGGCCGCGCCGGACACCACCGACCGACAGCCUCAGGAAGACUCUCGCACGAGCUCGUCGAGCAGUUCGCCCGUCCCCCCCGACAAUGAAGAAUCCGACUUCUUCCUCGCCGCCAACGACUCCCAGUCUUCGCUAGGCGUGCCGAAUAUCCAGGAUAUGCAGGUCUUUGACGAUGAAUGCCUCCAGCCCAUCCACCGUCUGCCGAACGAGAUCCUGAUUGCCGUCUUCGCGAAGCUGGGCAGUUCAGGAGACAUCUUCAAUGCGAUGCUGACUUGCAGAAAGUGGGCUCGCAAUGCUGUCGACAUUCUCUGGCACCGCCCUUCAUGUUCGACAUGGCCGAAACACGAAAAAAUCUGCCAGACGCUCAGCCUCGAGAACCCCUCGUUUUCGUACCGCGACUUCAUUCGGCGCCUGAACCUGGCCGCUCUCGCCGAUGGCAUCAAUGACGGCAGCGUUAUGGCCUUGGCUGGGUGCACACGGAUAGAGCGCCUGACUCUGACCGGCUGCAGCCACCUGACAGACUCCGGGCUCAUUGCCCUCGUCUCGAACAACAGUCACCUGUAUUCUCUCGACAUCUCUCUGCUCCCCGCGGCUGCCACAGGAACUCCCUUCCGCGACAAUAUAACCGCUGCCUCCAUCGACGCAAUAACCGAGCACUGCCCUCGGCUUCAGGGCCUCAACAUAUCAGGCUGCCAGAAGAUCUCGAAUAGCAGUCUGAUCCGGCUCGCCCAGCGUUGUCGGUACAUCAAGAGGCUCAAAUUCAACGAAUGCGCUCAGAUUCAGGACAGGACGGUUCUUGCAUUUGCCGAAAAUUGCCCCAAUAUCCUCGAAAUCGACCUCCAACAGUGCCGGCUUAUCGGCAACGAGCCAGUUACUGCGCUCUUCACCAAAGGCAACGCGCUGCGUGAGCUUCGCCUUGGUGGUUGCGAGUUGGUAGACGACGCCGCUUUUCUUUCCCUUCCGCCCAACAGGACCUAUGAACAUCUCCGUAUCCUCGACCUGAGCAACUCCACGGGGAUCACCGACCGCACUAUCGAAAAGAUCAUUGAUGUUGCGUCGCGCCUUCGAAAUCUUGUGCUCCAAAAAUGUCGCAACUUGACCGAUGCUGCCGUGUACGCCAUUUCGCGCCUCGGAAGGAACCUACACUUUCUUCAUAUGGGUCACUGUAGUCAGAUCACGGACGACGGUGUGAAGCGGCUCGUCACCAUGUGCAACCGGAUUCGUUAUAUCGACCUCGGGUGUUGCCAGAACUUAACAGACGACUCAAUCACCAAACUUGCUACUCUUCCGAAGCUCAAGAGGAUCGGCCUCGUUAAGUGUGCUAGUAUCACGGACGCCAGCGUCAUCGCUCUUGCGAAUGCAAACCGCCGGCCGAGAAUGCGCAGAGAUGCGCAUGGCAACCACAUCCCGGGAGAGUAUAGCAGUAGCCAGAGCUGCUUGGAGAGAGUCCACUUGAGCUAUUGCGUGCAUUUGACCCAAGCGAGCAUCAUCCGGCUUCUCAAUUGCUGCCCUCGCCUGACUCACCUCAGCCUGACCGGGGUCCAAGAAUUUCUCCGGGAGGACCUGGAAAGCUACUCCCGGGCCGCUCCUCCUGAAUUCACCGACCAUCAGCGCUCAGUCUUCUGCGUGUUUUCCGGCCAGGGCGUUGUUGGCCUGCGCAAACAUUUCAACCGCCUAAUCCAGGCCGAGGAGACGCGGCGUUCAACACGGCCCGGCCCCACGGAUGCCCCCAUCUUCCCGCCGCCACCUCAAGGGGUUCCUCCGCUCAUUGAACUUUCAGUCGACGGAGACCAAGACGCCAUAGAGGACGACGAUGUCCCAGAAGACGAUAUGGUCAUUGACACACAGCCACUUCUUAACCAGCACAAUAUCGGUCUUGGCCUCAACCAUGCCGCCCCAGGCACGAUCCCGGCGCCCCCACCCAUACCGGCCCCGCCGCCAGCUCCCGAACCCGCGGACCCGGAUGAUCCUUUUGACCACGUCGUCGUGUAUCACGCAGAAGGCGUUAUUCCUUCACACCACGUGCCGACAUAUCCUUCUCCGCUAGCGGACGAUGUUCCAAACAAUGGCCAAAGUGCCACGCAAGGCGAUACGGCUGGGCAGAGCUCGGCAGCUGACGGUGAAACGAGCGGCCACGGCGUUCGCGUUGUACAGGCAUCAAUUGACAUAUCAGCCGACCUUGGGCGUCCUGAUGCUCCCUCGGGGCACCCUGAUGCUCCCUCGGGACACCCUGAUGCUCCCUUCGGGCACCCUGAUGCUCCCUCGGAACACUAAAGGACUCCCUGCCGUCGGUUUUUGUGAUGCCGCCGAUGCUUCACCCAAUGUCUCUUAAUGCCCCAGGUGGAACGGAAACGAGGAAUAUGGAUACCCCGAGGCAACCCCAUCCUCCGUGUUUGAAGCAGAAGGAUGCGUUGCUAUUUCCUGUAUGGCCUAUUUACACGAUGUUUGAGAGACCCAGUCUCUUGCCCUAGGUCGUCAUCGUCUUUUAGUCUUGGCUUUGUG